UAAUGCCCCCGAUGAUUUUCACUCUGCUAAAACAUGCUUCACUUUUGUAAGCUAGGAGUAUUUUGAAACAAAAUGUUCUCGCUUUGGUUGCAUUUCAGAUUGGUCCAGAUUGAACAACUUAACCAGUAAUCGAGAUUGAUGUAGUUAUAAACCACGUGACAUAUUUGACUGCUCCCGCCAUUUUCCUAGCAAUUAUCUUCGAAACGUUCUUUCUGUUCGGGAAAAUGCCUCAUCUAGAUCACAGCAUCAGGUUGGAUUUUAAAGAUGUUUUGAUCCGACCUAAACGAAGCACUAUCCGAAGUAGAGCAGAUGUUGUGUUGGCAAGACACUUUCACUUCAAGUAUGCAAAGAAGGGACUUCCUGAGGAUGUUGUACCUAUCAUUAGUGCAAACAUGGACACCAUUGGUACAUUUGAUAUGGCUGUAGCAUUAGCAGAGCACAAACUUUUGACAGCAAUUCACAAGCAUUACUCCGUAGAAGAAUGGAAGCAAUUUGCUACAGACCAUCCAAAAGUGUUACCUUAUACAAUUGCAAGUUGUGGAAUGUCUGAUGAAGAUUUAUCAAAGGUAAAGCAGGUUCUGGAAGCUGUUCCAGAUGUACCAGCAAUCUGUCUUGAUGUUGCCAAUGGCUAUUCUGAACAUUUUGUGGAAUUUGUUAAAACUGUGAGAAGCCACUUUCCGGACCACAUCAUUAUGGCAGGGAAUGUGGUGACUGGAGAAAUGGUGGAACAGUUAAUUCUCAAUGGUGCUGACAUUGUCAAGGUUGGCAUUGGACCUGGCUCUGUUUGCACUACACGGCGACAGACUGGUGUAGGUUACCCUCAGCUGAGUGCAGUGUUAGAAUGUGCUGAUGCUGCACAUGGCCUUAAAGGACACAUCAUAUCUGAUGGGGGCUGUACAUGUCCUGGAGAUGUCUCUAAGGCGUUUGGUGCUGGUGCUGAUUUUGUCAUGAUGGGAGGCAUGUUUGCUGGCCAUGAUCAGUCUGGUGGAGAAUUGAUUGAAAGGGAUGGAAAGCAGUACAAAAUAUUUUAUGGAAUGAGCUCAACAACCGCAAUGAAAAAACACGCGGGAGGGGUGGCUAACUACCGAUCCUCAGAAGGAAAGACAGUAGAGGUUCCUUACCGUGGCAAUGUUCAUGACACGGUCAAAGACAUUCUCGGUGGUGUGAGGUCAACGUGCACAUAUGUUGGAGCCGAGAAGCUGAAAGAGCUUCCAAGAAGGACCACAUUUAUACGUGUUACUAUGCAACUGAAUAAUGUCUUCUCUUAGUGAUUAAGAGAAACCUCAAGAAGGGAAUUAUAUUUAUCCACAGAAAUUAAUCUGCUGAGCAUUUUACCUUCAAUUGAGUUUUUUCUUCCAUUUUCCUAGACUGUAAAUGAUUUUCUGUGUGAGAAAAUUUAUGAUAAUUUUUCGUUAAAAUGGUAAUUUUGAGCUAGAUGCUAGGUGUAAGUUGCUGAUAUUGAUAAUAUGUUUUUUAACUUUUCUUCUCUUUGCACCAUUUGCAUAUAAUUAUGUGGGAAAGUUAGAGAUUAGACAGUGAUUUGUGGUGAAAAUAAUUUUACUUGAUACCGUGCUUGAUAUGGAGAUGCUGUUCUAUGUAUUAAUAAUUUAUUUAUGAGUGAAAUCAGGCUUCAAAGACAAGUCAAAUGUAAUAAUAGAUUGGAAGGAAUAUACUUUAGGACGUUUAGACAACAGUGUCAAAAAAUGUAAACCUUUUAACCUCUGAGAGUGAUUAAUAUCCAAUUUCUCUGUAUAGUAUUACUGCUAAAUCAAACACUAGGGUUUUGAGAAUAAAGGAAAUGAACAGGAGAGACAACAUG